GGAAAGAGUCAUCCGGCAAAGAAUUACAUGCAUUCACUUUUAAAUUUUAAUGGAGCGUCACUCUAAUUCAUUUCUUAUCUUCAUUUAUUUAUUGCAUACUAUUUCCUCACUCACCUUUUCGGAUUAUCAAUUUAACUCGACACGAUGGCCUCGUUACCCCCGUUUGCACCAUUCCCCGAAGCGUCAUGGAGGGAUCGCAUAGACCCCCAGGAUUGGGACGCCUGCUUAUCUGUUUGGGUUAAAUUGGCAGAAGCACAUAUGUCUUUGCCUGAAAAGCAGCUUAUCCAGGUCUCUUCUAACGACGAAUCUUUGCUGUCGUUUCUCAUCACUUUUACGAGAGAAACCGCAAUAAAUGGAAUUACAGCGCUUCGAAAUUCUCAACAAGUAAAACUCCUAUACCGACAAUGUUUCCGGCUCAUUAAUAAAUUUCUACGAAGUCCUUCUCCACCUUCUCCGCUUCUCCAGUGGGAGUUUCUUUCUGAUUUCUGUCGUCUGUAUUCGAAAAGGAGAACAUCUACUCUAGUCAACCAGAUCUGUCAGAAGCCACAUGUGACAACGUCGCUCAGCGCAUUAAGAAGAUCCCUCGCCAUCCAACUCGAUUAUGGUAUUAAGAAUGACCCGAAGACUCUAGAAUCCCUGGAGUCUCGCCUCAAAAGGCUCAAUCAUCUCAUCCAUGCGUCUCCUGCUGUAGCCACACUAUUCCUAACCGGAAGCGAUUUUCUAGAUGGGCUUAUCAGUUGUUACAAAAUCAUGAACCCUCCUUUGAGAAAGGCAAUUGUGACAACAGCUUAUUUGUGUCUCAUUGGUUUGACUGAAGGAGAAUCCCCAAACAUUUCUAUGCUAUCCGACCAGCUUUAUUCUCUGAAAGCUGCUGCAGAAAACCAUAAAGCUGGGCCACUAAAUGUGAACGAUUCCUUGGUAGCCGAGCUGGUUACAGUCACUCCAAUCCUCAAGCAGGUCCAGCAUCGCCUAGAAGGAUCUGGCUCAAACACAACACGAUCUGGGCCAAUUAUUACUGCUUUGGAGGCCUACCGAAAAUCAAGCGGUGACAUCAAACCCAAGAGACCGGCUAAGCGGAAGGUCGAUAAAGGAAAAGGUGUUAUGACAGAGGACGACAUCCAAGGGGAAAUGAAAGUGCAUCGUAUGAGCCAAAUUUCUCAAAUACAAGAUCUGUUUCCAGAUUUAGGCUCCGCUUUCGUCUCGAAGCUUCUCGACGAGUAUGGUGACAAUACUGAACAAGUGGUUGCGCACUUGCUUGAAGAUUCACUACCACCGCACUUGGCUACCGCGGAUCGCACUCAAGAACUGUCCCCGGAGAGGAAUAGGAGAAAAAGUCGCGAUAUUGCACCUAGACCCACACCUCCACAAGUUCCAAUACGCCAUAAUGUAUUUGAUGAUGAUGAAUUCGACAAAUUAACAAUGGAUUUAUCCAAUGUACAUUUCGGCAAACGUAACCCAGAAAGAUCAGCAGAUGAUAUUUUAAACGAUCGAUCUUCCGCUCCAAACAAAGCUGCCAUUCUUUCCGCGCUAUCUGCAUUCGACGCUGAUGACGAUGAGCGAGAUGACACUUACGAUGUUGCAGAUGCUGGAUUGGUUGUAGAUGAUAUAGGGGACGCAGAAGAUCAAAAACGGAAAGAUGCAAGCGAAGAAGCUCUUUUCAGAGCAUACCAGUCGGACUCGAAAGCGUUUGAUAGAGAUGCAGCUACCCGACGAAGCCAAACUAGGACGAAAUUGAAGCAACAGACAGGAAUGACUGACGAGGCUAUUGAAGGUUGGGCUGUAAUGCUAACCAGGAAUCCCCACCAGAUGAGGCAACUGGAGAUGAAGUAUAGCGCGUUUAGUGGUGACCAACCUGCUUUAGCGCCCACCGCUUGGCGGGCGAAUCCGACAGACUCAGCAGCAGAAGACUCCGAAAUCGACGGUGGCAACAACAACUCGCGAGGUCGCGGCCGUGGUGGCCGAGGAAGAGGAGGAAAUGUCGCCGGCCCUUCAGGUGAUAAAGAUACCGAAAAUGCAAGAAAACGAAAGGAAGCAAAUAAGGGGACCAGGGGUAACCACAGCCGCCGAGAUCAACGUGCAAGGAAGAUGGCACGUGGGGGAUUCCCUGGAUGAUCAAGCAGCUCUUAAUGACAACAUUUAUAACACGA